AUGGACUCUCUACCACAGGAGAUCUUGACCAAAAUCAUUCCACUCCUCAAAAUCGACCAAAGUCGAAAGCCACAACCAUUAUUCGACACAUCACUCGAAGAUCAACAAAAACAAGAACAAAGACAACAUCAACUCGCCCCUUGUGCGACUAUUUCUCGAACUUGGCAAUACGCAAUAGAGCAAUAUACCUUCUCUCGCCUCUCCAUCUCCUCGGAUGAACUAGAUCUUUUCCAUUUCGCUGUCGUCAAAUCGCCACAUCGACAUCGCCGUGCGGCACUAAAACGUAUUGAUUUCAGCGUACGUCUUCCGGAUUACGACGACAAUGCUUGCGCUCGCUUUGAGAGAUGGAGAGAUCUACAAGCCAACGACGAGGCUUUCAGUAAAGCAAUCACUGGACUUUUCACAUCAUUGACAGCACUUGACACAAAUGAUGGCUCAAGACCAAUUGAGUUACAUCUAGCAGACUCUUACUCAUCCAUGGACACCAUUCGUCGCAACAAAGCAAAUUUGGCAAAAGACAGAGAAGCUGCAGCUAUUGGACAGAGAAACAAUCUAUUCGAGCUUCGCUAUCGAGAUUCAUAUCUCGAGUUACUCCAGCCGAAAAAUUUACCAUUGUUGUACAAUGUCACUUCAUUGACGAUCGCCGGCGACAAAGCACGGAAAUUGGCACCAGCAGUCGCAAUCAGUAUCAUAGCAAAGUUGCCGAAUCUCGUCGACACAACUCUCUCAUUCUCGGAUAUGGAGAGGAAGCGGCCGCAGUAUCGAAUCCAACUGCGCUCUGAUUUUAUCAGGCAGUUCAAAUGCAUAACCAUAUCCAGGCAUCUGAGGAAGUUUGUGCUAUCGUUGAGGCACACUGCACCUGCCAACCAGAACUUUGUCAAUGCGGAUAUUCGUGGUGGUGUCUAUCCGGGCCACACCGAUGACUUGUCCGUAGUGCUAAGGAGGUUUUCCCAGGCGACGCUUAGUCUGACUCAUCUCAUACUGAAAGGACCAAUCUGUGUAGGUCCGGAGCUCUUUCGAGGCAUUGGCGGGGAGGUUAUGCCAGUGUUUCAGCAGCAAUGGCGAAAUCUCAAGACAUUCACCGUGGAGCUCAGUGCAGUACGACCUGACGGCGGCUGGUACACAGAAUUGGACCCUGUCCGGAACCCCGACUCCGACACUGAUGAAGAUGAGGAUCCAGACUUGGACGUGGAUGACGAUACACGAAGUCAAUCCCCCACACCAAGCUACGACUCCAACGACUCUUUCUUCGCCUCAAAUCCCUUACCGCCAGACAACUAUGGUUAUGAGGACGAAAAGCGCCACGCACGUCUCAACGGCGACGCGCCCUCCUCUACCUUCCGAAUGAAACCAACUCCUGAGCUUGAGGACUUCUUUACAGCAGCUGCCUAUGCGGCCAGUUGUAUGACAUCACUUCGGCGGAUGGAAGUGGCUUUGGCGAUCCCACGUUGCGGUCGAACGAACGGUCGGCGACAGAAGAUUGGAUUUACAUAUAUGGCUGCUGGUGUGAAGGGCGGACUGAAAGACGUGGAGAGUGAAAGGGUCGGUGGGAGGUUGAUAUGGGACGCACCCCAAGGUUGGCGGAUGGGCGAGAGAUUGCAGGACCAGUGGCAGUCCGUCCUGGGUGGAGAUAGUAUCGUGAGAUACACAGAGUGGUAG